CAACCUUUACCAGUUGACAGUUUAAAGAUACAAUAUUAACUUAAAGCAAUGAGAUGAAUGAGCUGUGGAACUCUGCUCGUGUUAUGGUUGCAAGUGUGCUCACAACCUAUCCAUACAGCAUCUUCUCCUGGACUGCUGUUGCUGGUGUGUCACUGUAUCUGAUCAAGAGAUGUUUUGGAAGUCGAGGGGGCGUGUGCUACUCCAAGGCUAGACUGGACGGGAAGACAGCCAUCAUCACUGGAGCCAAUACUGGGAUUGGUCUAGAGACUGCUGUUGACUUUGCUCAGAGAAAUGGGAGAGUUAUCUUGGCCUGUCGUAGCAAGGACAAGGGAGAGGCUGCUGUGGAGCUAGUCAAGAAGAGAAGCGGAAACAAUGACGUGUUGUUCGUGCAAUUGGAUCUGUCUUCCCUGGAAUCUGUUCGACAAUUUUGUUCAGCAAUUUUAAGCAACGAGCAGAGGAUUGAUGUUUUGGUGAAUAAUGCUGGUUUAUUCUGCAACUUCAGCACGAGUGUGGAUGGUUAUGAGAUGCAGUUUGCUGUGAACCACCUCAGCCACUUUCUCCUCACCAAUCUGCUCCUGGAUAAAAUGAAACAAGCUCCAUCAGCUCGUAUAGUUAUUGUAUCUUCUGAAGGUUAUCAGUAUGGAAAAAUUGACUUUAACAACUUACAUACACCCGAUGACACACAAUAUAAAGCGUUCAACGCUUAUGCUCAAUCAAAGCUUGCCAAUAUCAUCUUUACACGUUCAUUGUCUAAGAAGCUACAAAAUACACAAGUUACUGUGAAUGCUGUGCACCCUGGAAAAGUGUACACUGAAAUUGCCCGGAAUGUCUGGUUUCUGAGAAUCGUAAUGCCUCUAUUUAAAAUCUUCCUCAAGUCUCCAUGGCAAGGAGCCCAGACGUCCAUCUACUGUGCUGUGUCUGAAGACAUGGAGGGAGUCUCUGGUCAGUAUCUGGCUGACUGCAAGUUCAAGAAGCUGACCAACCCUCAGGCAACAGAUGACGCCAUUGCUGAGAGGCUAUGGGAAGUGAGCUCUGAGAUGGUGGGACUCGACGAUUAAUUAGGGGACAAUAGUCUAUAGCCCAAUUAAUAUUUAUUAUUGUGCAAAUCUACAAGUGAAUGUAUUCAUUUUGGACCA